AUGGAGUCGCAAAAGGCUGAGACUGUAACACAGGACGCUACCAACACGAAAGCUUUGCAUGGGGUUUCUUCCAUGGUCACUGUCAUCGAACUCGACUCACACUCUGCACCACGCACCCAAUUGACGGAUUACGAACAGAACUCUGAGUCUACGCUUGACGUGAAUAUUUCAAGCCCUGGGCAAUAUUCAAUGCAACUCGAUGAAGUUCAACCCACACGAAACCAAGCUCCUCCAAGGCUUGAUUCCGAAGUCUCUGCUGCGGUUCAAGUUCUUCGAAUCAUCGAGAGUUAUGGGCAACACAAAGACAUCAGCUAUCAAUGGAAAGGCAUUGCUAGCUACGCACCUAUAGUGGCGACGCAGAUCCGAGCUGGUAAGCCAGUUCGCAUACUUUUCACUGGAUUCGGUUUCAAAUCGCCACUGGUACUAGGUCGACUACCCGACUUGGGCGAAAAGCUCGCACUCGCGCACUUGGAUGGACUUUGCUCAAACAUCGCCACCGUCUACGAAGUGGGUGCAGAGGUGCAUACCGUUCGGUGCUAUGUGGAAGGUCUUCGUCAGAUUGUAGACACGAACGAGCUUCGCAACAUACAUAUCAUGGAAGCUGGUGGUUCGCCAGGCCUAAAUGAAGUACAAGACAACGAGGCAUACGAGGUAGUUCUGGGUAUAUCUGGCGCACCGUCGCAUUAUCGCGCUAAAGCCGACAUGUGGGAUUGGAAGGAUGACGGGACGGACGUCACCUUCGAGCAUCUAUAUCCCACCGGAACCAUCAUUCGUCCUGGAUCUUCAUACACUGGCAAUGCGCCGUCAAUCCAAGCGCUACCAAUGCGAAAGGUACGCAAACUCGCCCAAAACUUCUCACCUAUCGUUCUACGAGGCUUCAGCGAGACUACGAACGAGGACUACUUUCUCGCCAAGGGCAAUGAGCUUGGUGAGAUUUUGACCUGGACGUUCGGUCAGAUACUCAAGGUCAAGGACACUGGCGAAGUCGACAAGAACGCCAACAAUGUGACGUCCAAUGAAGCAAUGCCGAUGCACUUCGACGGUAUCUUUAAGUUCAUCGAUACGGUAGAUCCUGUCACUGGUGAAGUCAAGAAGGUCAUGACGCCACCACGAUACCAGUACUUUACUUGCUUGAGCACGGCGCCGAAGGGAGAUGGCUACACGCUCUUCGCAAACUCGCAUCUUUUCUUUCAAAACCUACCAAGCCCGUUCACGCUCGAGCGGUUGGAGAAGGCGACGUGGAGCAUGGUGAACGACGGUUUCUGGUCUGCGAAGCAGACUGGGCUACCGCUUGUGGUGCGACACAAGGAUACGGGCGCAGCAUGCCUACGAUGGCAUCAACCAUGGACGGAGACGAAUUUCUCGAAGUACUACAUCGAAAUUGAGAACGAUGAGGCAGCAGAUGAGUUGGUGAGCAUUAUCAACAGGCUGGUAUAUGACUAUCGCGUGUGCUUGAGGUUUGAGUGGGAGCAGGGCGAUCUACUGAUCAACGACAAUGACGGCAUUUGCUGGGGCUUGUGA